GUCAUACAAUGUUGCAAGCCGGUUGAGAAGGAAGGGAAACAAAAUAUACCGUCGACGUUUUUAACGCUUAGAGAAUCAUUUUAAUCUUAUUUGCAAAGGGAAUUUGCUUUCCGGUAAAUAAAUACAUCUCAGGGCUUUUAUCGUAGAACGCCGUAAGAGAUGGCCCGCUCUGCAGCUCAGAACCAACAGCGCCAAGGCCAGCCGCGGUCCACUCAGUCACAGAGACAGGGCCAGGCCAAGCCAAGCAAGGGUCAACGUCAGGACGCGGCAGAACGGAAGAGGGACGAACGAGCCAUCAGGAAUGCUUACAGGAAGAUGAAGAAGGAUGAAUCUUACCUUGCCGACGAUCAGAACUUUGCCAGCUUUGCCACCCAGCUACAGAGCAUGGGUCUUCAACUAAGAGAUAUCCCCGGCGAUGGGAACUGCUUAUUCCGAGCCCUUGGGGAUCAGUUGGAGGGACACGGGCGCAACCAUAUGGUCCACAGGUUGGAUGUAGUACAGUAUAUGAGGGAUCACAAGGAGAACUUUGAGCCGUUCAUGGAAGAUGAUGUUCCCUUCGAGAGGCAUUUAUCUAACUUGGCCAAGCCUGGUACCUAUGCAGGGAACGAUAGUAUAGUGGCCUUUGCUCGCCUCUUGAAGGUUAAUGUGGUCAUUCAUCAAUUGAAUCUUCCGGUUUGGAGGAUUGUAGGUUCAGAGAAACCUUCAUGCAAGGAGCUUCAUAUAUCCUACCAUAAUGGAGAUCACUACUCUAGUGUAAGGAAACUGGGCGAUAAUUCAGAGAAAGCUACCAACUUUCGUGGUGAGUCAUCUAGUUCAGAUGAUAUAAAAACCAAGACCAAGUCCAGGACCAAGUCCAAAGAAAGCGACGAGACCGAUUCACCAUACACGAAUGGGGCGGUAGAAGAAAAUGGUCUUACGGAUCUAGAAUUUCAUAUCAUGGAUGAGACGGGUUGUGAGAAUGUGCAAUUAAUACGAGAUACCUUCAUGGACCAAGAUUAUAAUGUAGAUGCUACUAUAGGAAUCUUACUUCAAUUAACUAAUGCAGAUUGGGACACUCUUUCUCACGAUAGUAACUCUAUAAAAUCAGGGGAGCGAUCGCCUCAAGGGGCGGCAGGCAUCUGGUCUGCCGACGGUUCCGGGACUAGGUUGUUUGGCUUGCCAGAGGACAGCGAUAGCAGUAGCAGCAGCAAGACGCAACCCAACAGGACUGGAGGCGGGAAAGCCAGAAACCAGACUUCCCGGCAGCAGAAAGCCCAGAAGAGGCUGGAGAAGAAGCAGAGGCAGGCCGAGAGGCAUCGGCAGAGAAUACAGGGCGAGAACUGCCACAGCAACACAACGACUAGCAGCGAUGAGGAGAACAGCAGCGUUGUGCUGGUCGGCCAAAUGGGGGAGCUGUCCAUCUGACGACGAACGAAGCGGGCACUUAGUUAGAUUUACGAAAAUAGACACUUCAGGGAUUUGAUAUAGUAUCUGCAUUUUCGUUCUGUCCGUGGCGCCUGUGUUCCGGCCGUUCAACAUGGCCAGCUUGCAUUGCUUCAGUUCCUCCAUUGAUGCGAUGAAAUAGGUGAAUUAGCUGCGGAACCCUAUAUGCAUUUCUUACUCUAAUUGUGUGAGGGGAUGUUGCAAAAAAUAUUUGCAAUUAAUUGGAAAUUGUUCUUUUGCAAUUUUACAAUUGAUAUAUCAGUUGUUCUUGUUGCAAGUAAGUCUACACUCAUUGCCGCAAGAAACAGAUCUGGGCCCCGUCUCACAAAGAGUAACGAUUGAUCCAAUCAAUUGUAACUCUAUGGAAAUCCAUCAGUGUCAUAACUUUUUUUCUACAGAAAAUUUGCACAAUGUCCACAAGUUCUUUGCAGUGCCCCAUUUGAGUAUUUCCCAAGGGGCCAUUGCUUAUAACGCAGGAAGGAGCGUUUUUGACGGGUAGCGGACAUUGUAUGGUACUUCAUAGAAAAUGUUGGUCUUGGGAGCGCUUCAUGGGGUUUCAUGAAUGGACUGGCCAGAAGUUUUGUCCAACAAGUCGUAUUUCAUCUGACAGUUUCCAUAGUAACAGUCUUCUUAACAAAUUAAAAUCAAGGAAAGUUGUCGGAUCUGACAACCUGUCGGACAUAGUUAGAGAGUUUUAGGAGUAGUGAACGAGAACGGCGUCGCAGUCGUCUGAUCGUUCGAGUCAACGUAGUCGUGUACGUACCAUCUGGCGUACCAUCGCCUGACGACCCGGUCGGGUGAUGUGAAGGUGCAGCUUGUUUACACUUGCCCUUUCACUUGCUUUGAUUCCUUUUUACGCGAGUUAGGAUAUAUAUUGAUAUAUAUUUUGGAGAUAAAAAAACAUAAUGCAUCGUACAACUUACAUUAGUUUUGUGAAAAGUCACUGAAAACUGUGUUUUAAUUGGGAAAGGUUGAUCUUCAUGCUGAGCUUGAGCGGUUGAAACGACGUUACUCACGUGCAUGUCGACUAUGAUUUAGGACAACCGCAGAAUGGAUGUGGCGAGGUUCUCGAUUCUGAUAGUCGACGAGUGCGAGGACCUGAGGCAUAUGGCAGUCCAAAAAAUGAUGUCAUCUCUUACCAGUCGUCUAUGUCCUCGUACGCUUCUGAAAGUGCUCAAUAUUGAUGAAACGAUCCCCUGAACUCCGUGCUCUCAACCCCGCCCCUGCCCCACUCGCACUCAAAAUGAAUUAUUGGUUUUCUCAAGUACAACUUUGUGCAUUCUUUUCUCAUUUUUUGUAUUUUUACUUAUAUCCUGAAUAUAUGGCAUACCGUAUCAUCAGUGCAGUGCCUCAAAGCACUUAAUACAGUUUUCUAGAGAAUUUCCCAUUUAGCCCCAAUGCUUUGUUGCUGCACUUUCUUUUCACCGAUAUUGCAGCUGCAGAGCUUGACUGAAAAUGAUAAUGAAAAUAUAUAGAGUUCUUCUUCAAGUUCUUGAAAUUAUAAUAUUUCAUCCCUUUUCAAAUGAAAGUUGAUUUAUUUACAGAAUUAAAACCUCAAUUCCGGCAACGAUAUACCAGGCAAUGAGAAAAGCCACGAAAACGUAAUACACAUUAUAACCAAACAAGUCUAGUCCUGUCUCUUUUAUUUUGGUCAUAGAUGUAUUCAAAAUUAUUUCACAUUAUGGUAUAGGCUUCAUGCCUCAAAAUAGUGUAUUUUUGUGUUAAAAGUGUCACUUUUUCAAUCUUAGCAUGGAGAAUUGUGCUACAUCUUAAAUAUUAUUUCUUGUUUUAUAUUUAUAUAUUUUUUUAUUAUCUUGCCCUUUGGUUCCUUUUGAUUCUUACAAUUAUUUAUUUUAAACAAUGUGGUGAGGAAAAUAAGAGCACUACGAGUAUUAUGCAGUGGAAAUUCAUCAAUGAGAUUAGAAAUGAUGUAUCAGUAUUCUUAAUAUGAUAAAAAGGUGAUAUAUAUUUAAAAAAAUUGUAUCGCUUUAUUGAUUAAUUAUGAUUAAUUGUUGUAGUGAUGUGUAAUUUCAUAGUCCCAAGGACCUUUUUUUAUACCGACUUCAGUUUUGAAAGGACUUUUAUUAUAUUUUUUCAUACAUGUAUACUUUAAAGGGCAUACAAACCAGCAGCUUUAAUAGCAUUACCUCUAGUCCACUACUACUCAUAUCUGUCCAGGUUUAUCACCCAUAAUGCAUUCUCAGCAGUGUAGUCUUGUAAUGUAGGCCCACUUGAAUGAUCAACUAAUCCACUACUCGAUGCAAUAAUUAUACUGCCGAGUUGGCGAAAUAGCUACUUUUCAAAAAACAUUUGAGUUUAUCUGCAAAAAUGAAAUCAUUGGCUAAUUCAUUCUCUGUUUUACUAAUGGUAGUAUCUCGAAAGGUAUAUUUUAAGACGGUAAAUCGCCAAUUCGUCUAUUGCCAACUCGUCCACUCAUCACAUGGUCUACCUUAAUUUAGUCUAAUACCAUUCCGUCCAUCAACAUUUCGUCUAACAACCAUUUGGUCCAAUGACCAUUUGGUCCAAUAAUCACUUCGUCUGAACACCAGUUCGUCUAUGAACAUUUCGUCUCUUAAACGGUUGGUCUAAUAUCCAUUUUGAUUUCAUUUAUUUCGCCCAAUUAACACCAAGUCCAGUUAGACCAAAUGGUAUAUAGACCAAAUGGCUACUGGACCAACUGGUUAUUAGACAAAAAGGUGAAUGGACAAAUGGGAAUUAGACCAUGUGGAUAGUGGAAAAACUGAUGUUAGACCAAAUGAUAGUAGACGAGUUGGUAAUUGGACGAAUUGUUAAACCAAUUGAAAAUAAACCUUUAAUUAAGGCCCGUAUUGUGACACAAAUCUAUAUGUGCUCUAUUCUGAACUCAGGUUUCAUUCAAACUCUGGUCUGAAGUUGUAGUUUAACUAUGGAUAGCCAAUUGUGACACAAAUCUCUAUCUGCCCUAUUCUGAAGUCGGGUUUAAUUUAAACUGAGGUUUAAAGUUGUGGUUUAACUAUGGAUAGCCAAUUGUGACACAAAUCUAUAUGUGCUCUAUUCUGAACUCAGGUUUCAUUCAAACUCUGGUCUGAAGUUGUAGUUUAACUAUGGAUAGCCAAUUGUGACACAAAUCUCUAUCUGCCCUAUUCUGAACUCGGGCUUAAUUUAAACUCUGGUCUGAAGUUGUGGUUUAACUAUGGAUAGCCAUUUGUGACACAAAUCUCUAUCUGCCCUAUUCUGAACUCGGGCUUAAUUGAAACUCUGGUCUGAAGUUGUAGUUUAACUAUGGAUAGCCAAUUGUGACACAAAUCUCUAUCUGCCCUAUUCUGAACUCGGGCUUAAUUUAAACUCUGGUCUGAAGUUGUGGAUAAACUAUGGAUAGCCAAUUGUGACACAUAUUUCGAUGUACUCUAUUCUGAACUCGAGCUUAAUUUAAACUCUGGGGUUUAAUUAUGGAUAGCCAAGAGUGCAAUAAAUCUCUUAACAGGAGAGGUUCAUAGUGUCAGCUCAUUUGACUCUCAAAUCAUUCUUGACUCUUUGUGAAGGAUAAAUAAGAGAGCUUGCUUCACCAUUCACAAGUUGGCAGAGCACAGUAAUCAUUAGAAACAUGCAAUAUGAGGAAACUUAUAAGGAAAUUUUUGGCUUUCCAUAAUUUUGGAACGGAGUUAGACCAUGGUCUAAGUCUAAUCUUACUUCAGAAUACGGGCCCAAGACUAGCUAUUAAUAACCCAGUCAGUGAGAGACUCCACACAGUGGUGGUCAAUAUGCACCCCCCCCCUCUUUUUCUUGGGGGGCUGUUUCAUAAAACUGUUCAUAAGUUAAGAGCAACUUUAAGAACGACGGGUGAUCCUUUCUUACAAAUAAUCACCAAUUAAUGUAUACACCAAAAUAUUCAUCGGCGAUGGUUUAGCGCGUAAGAAAGGUUCACCAGUUGUUCUUAAAGUCACUCUUAACUUUUGUUUUUAAAAUUAUAAAAUCAAAGUAGAGCAGUAAGGGUCCACUUCCAAUGAAAGUUUAAGGCAGACUGAUUGUCUGAUUGUAUCAGCCAAUCAGGGUUCGUGUUGUAUACCCAUAUGGUUAACAAAGCUGACAUCAAACCAAUAAAAAUCGCUAUUUCAAACGUCCAACCCCUUUUGGGCCCAGUUGUACUUUUAUUGACAUCUAGAGUAUUAUGUAUUUCUUACUUUUCAUAUUGGUGAAUUUUGUUGCUUUUAUAUCGACCUCCUUGCAAUGUUUAGAUAAAUGAAUUACCCACAGUAAUUGGUACUUAAUGAAAUAAUAUCGACAUGAUUUGUUAAAACUUGUUACUAGAUAUUAGUUUGGUAAUCUUCUAGAUUGAUGUUUAUAUAACAUUAAUGGUUGAAAAUAGAGACGAAUAUACUGUAACACAAAUUUUGCACUUAUUUCUAUCAUGCCGGAAGUGAAAGCUAUCUUUGCAAGAAUGAAAUGUUGCUUUUGUACAUAGUAGAAUAUUAUUGUACAGUCUAAACUAAAUAUAAUUAUAUGAAAAAAAUCCAAA